AUGGGUGGUUGUAUUUCAAAAUCGGAAGUGGACCACGAGCAAGGCACCACGGGAAAUGGGUCAAGAAGGCGUUCCGCAAGGGGGAACAGGAGCUCUAAUGGUGAGAUAGCUGAAAAGGAUCCCGUGGAGUCUAGCGUCGCCAACGGCGUUUCGCCUAAAGGCCAGAAAAAAGGGUCCAGCUCGGAUAGCUCUGGAAAGCCAACCACAAAUAAUACCAAGAACCCAUUAGUGGCGCCCAACGCUGGCAAACGGCAGCAGUCCGUGGUGUCAACUAACAGUGCACAGUCUACCGGUCCCUCGUUAGGUUCGCUGACCAAGUCCGGCGGCGGAUCCACCGAUUCUAGCAAAGCUUUGAAAGUUUUGCUUCUAGGGUCUGGGGAAUCCGGCAAAUCCACCGUUCUUCAACAACUGAAAAUUAUACAUCAAAAUGGUUUUUCGCCAGAGGAACUGGCUGAAUACCGCCCUUUCAUCUACGACAAUAUUGUAGAAACCGGUAAAGACCUGGUCAAUGCACGCCUUCGUUUCGAAGUGCCUCUAGAAUCCGAUUCGGGACUUGAUGAUGAAGAUCUACAAGAGGUUAUCAAUUAUAGUACCCCCGGAUCCCAGCUGGCUGAGUUUCCAAACAGGUUAGCCCACAUCUUGGCCAAAAUAUGGGCACUACCUUCAACCCAGGACCUAAUAACUGGUGGACAAAGAUCAUCGUUUUAUUUGAUGGAUUCGGCGCGUUAUUUCAUGGAGGACCUGCAAAGGAUUUCUGAACCUAAUUAUAGGCCUACCGUUAGAGACGUGCUAUUGUCUAGAAAAAAGACGUCGGGAAUUUUCGAUACUAUCGUCGAAAUGGACACAAACCUCAAGCUGCACAUAUAUGAUGUGGGUGGCCAAAGAAGUGAACGCAAAAAGUGGAUACAUUGUUUUGACAAUGUCACUUUGAUCAUUUUCUGCGUAUCCUUGUCUGAGUACGAUCAAACUCUUUUGGAGGACAAGACCCAAAACAGACUCGAAGAGUCACUUAUUCUAUUCGACUCUGUUGUCAACAGUAGAUGGUUUGCCAGAGCUUCUGUCGUUUUGUUUUUGAACAAAAUUGAUGUUUUUGCUGAGAAAGUUCAACAUGUGCCCCUAGAGAACUAUUUCUCAGACUACGCUGGUGGGAAGGAUAUUAACAAAGCCGCCAAAUACAUCUUGUGGAGAUUUGUGCAGCUGAACAGGGCCCAUCUGAACAUAUACCCACAUGUCACACAGGCAACCGAUACUUCUAACAUCAAGCUCGUCUUUGCUGCCAUUAAAGAAACUAUUUUGGAGAAUAGCUUGAAAGACUCGGGUGUACUGUAA